AUGAAGUUGGCACUAAUAAUCUUGCGAGGACUCAUCCUCAUCCUUGACAAUCAUCCUACUUGUGGACAGUAUUUUCCCUGUAGUCCUGCGGAUGAGAUUUGCGUUUGUUCGGGUCACCAGCCGAAUGAAUUGGUCCCUGACUGUGAUGAUUGUUCCGGUUACAUCGUUUGUGGCGUUGGUUCCUACGAAAAAGUGAAGUGCAAUCCUGGUCUGAUCUAUGACAUCAAGUUAAAGGCCUGUGUGAAGGGUCAGUGUCCCAGAUCGGAUGGCACUUGUGUGAGUAACACCAACACCACAGUGACUCCAAUCACGACGCAUUCAACUCCGGAAAUUCCAGGACAUUGUGCCCAGGAUGUGAGAUGCAGCUUCCACGGUCAGAUUAUCGCCCAUCCCCAGCACUGUCGAUUAUUUUACACCUGCGUGGAGAAGUGUCCUGCCUUGGGAUUCUGUGAGCUGGGCAAAUGGUUUGAUCGGGAGAAAUAUGUGUGUGACUAUCCGCAAAAUGUCAAAAAUUGUCCCUCUAACAAGGACUAAGAUUUGGACUCUUUAUUUCUAACAAAAUAAUCUAUUUUCUUCUAUUCAAUCUGAGUAUUCCCUUUAUUUACUCUUUACUAG